UGCAGCCGAACAGUUGUCAGAGUCGUAUCAGAGUAUCGUACCUUCCUUCAAACAUUUUCGCGUUCACCCGCCAGUCCUCUGUUUCUUUCCUCUUCCUCUUCUACUGUUGCUCGUUUAACCCUGGUGCCGGUCGGACAGUCGGUUCAGUUCAGUCUCGACGAGCGCACAGUGAGGAUCGAGACAAUUUUUUUCUUCAUCGAAGGAUUUUUUUUUCCGAGUGCUCGUAAAACGACGAGAAAGUGAACGAGGAGGACUAUUUUGUUCGUCCACAUGUGUGACGCAGUGCAGUGACAACAUCCCUUAGGAUUAUCUUGACAGUUUUGUUGUUCCUCGCGCACGAGGGAACUGAAUAUUGUGGUCAGUGUGAACACGAGAACAAUUGGAUUAAAAUCGCGGUGUUGCGCCUUCGCGGUGUCCAGUACCUGCGAAGAGCCGACUCGGAUCUUUCCAACUGUGAAAUUGUCAAGGAAAAAUCGCUAAGAUGCUGGUCGAAGAAGUGCCGAGAAGUUUCGUUAAGAAAAACAACAGCUACAGUCACUGUCCGCUGAAAAAGCGGCCAGUCCACGUCUUGCCUACCGAGGAAGUUCCCGAAGUGAUUAAAGAGGAAAUAAUCGACGUCGUGAUGGACGAUAUUCCCGAGCCCGAGAAUCUCAGUACAAAACCCGAAGAUCUCAGUAGAACCGCGGAACGCCAUCACCAUCAACAGCAACAGGAGCCGGAGCGUGCAUCCAGGUCUCCUUCACCCAUCGUCAAAGUCUCUCCGUCUCCACCGUUGGCACCCAGAUCGACUUCCCCGCUGGUGCAUCAUCACGUCCACCCGGUGCACCACGUUCAUCAUCAUCAUUACCCAACGAAGGCGAUCACGCCGCCGGCGGGUAUCGCGCCGAUUCAUCCAGUGGCGAAGAAGGCUCGCGUCGAGGUGAUCCAGCACGACAACUCCUCGUCGACGACCGCCGUGACGGCCACGUCGGCGCCCUUGCACUUCAUGGCUAGCAAAGCACCUUUGGAACCGUUGAAUCUCAACACUCCCGUCGAGCCAUUGGCGCACUACGCGACCCCGGCGUGGGCGCGAGCUGCGCCGCUCUAUCCUCCUCACUAUCUGCCCUAUCCAGCGGCUUAUCACCGUUAUCACCACGCGGGAGCAGAGUUGUAUCCGUCCUACCCGAUGCCAGCGUAUCCGCACUCAUCCCCGGAGCAUCAUCCGUCAGUCUCGCCUCCGCCCCACAGUGCGCUCACUUGUCCAACGAUUCAGAGACCCAUCGCCAGGAGUUACUCGCACUGGGCCAGUCCCGACCACUGCGGACUAUCACCGACGAGUUCCUUGGGCUCUGGCUCGCUGAGGUCGCCUCCUCCAGUCACGCCGGAGGAUCUCUCUUCUCCUGGAAGCGACAGCGGAAGAUCGUCCGCUGGUAGCACCUCGGUGGGCUCAACGAUCGUGAACCCGAAAAUCGAGAAGACCGGAGUGAACAGUGGUUCCACCGUAUCUUUGUCUUCAACUUCCUCCUCGUCAUCCUCGUCGUCGUCGACGUCGCCAAGGUACCAGUGCCCGGACUGUGGAAAAUCAUACUCGACGUACUCCGGACUGUCGAAACAUCAACAGUUCCAUUGCGCCGCGGCCGAGGGCCAGGCGAAAAAAUCCUUCUCCUGCAAGUACUGCGAGAAGGUUUACGUCAGCCUAGGUGCCCUCAAGAUGCACAUCAGGACGCAUACGCUGCCCUGCAAGUGCCAUCUUUGCGGCAAAGCGUUCUCGAGGCCCUGGCUGCUCCAGGGACACAUCAGGACCCACACCGGGGAGAAACCCUUCAGCUGUCAGCACUGCAAUCGAGCUUUUGCUGAUAGGAGUAAUCUAAGGGCACAUCUCCAGACCCACAGUGACGUGAAGAAGUAUUCGUGCACCUCGUGCAGCAAAACCUUCAGCAGGAUGUCUCUGCUGACCAAACACCAGGAGGGAGGGUGUCCAGGAGUCGCCGUCCCCAUCGGCUACGCAUGCUGAGGAGCCCGAUGAUCUACUCGAAGAAGUCCGCGACGAUUUGAUCGCGUCGCGUGUGUGAUCGCCUGAUACGUUCCUUAUUACUUUGUUACGGUUCGAAGAAGAAGUGCCUUACGUUAAUCGGAGUACAAACGAAUAAUAAUAGUACUAGAAGUAGGUCCAGAAGAGAUCGGUUACAGGGUUCAAUUUCUCGGCCAAGUUCCCGCGAAGUGUUGUAGUUUCGAGUACCUGGCUUUCGAUUAAAAUUCAUACCCGUUUCGUGAUUGAAUUUUAGACGAGAUCGUUGAUAGAACACCGGCGUCGAAAAACUGAACCCUUAUCAAUCGAACCCCCAUCCGAUGGUUGUGCAUUUUUCUCGCGUUCGAAUCGCGCCCUUCGUCCCGUUGUACAUAAUUCGGUGUGUGUGUGUGUGUGUGUGUGCGUGUGUGUGACAAACAGCGAGAAUGACCGCGUUCCGUCUGUACUUAAAGGAUAUGAUAGUCGAUGCGUGCCCUUCGAGGAUUCGAUGAAGAUGUUCGAGGAGAGGCAAAAAGGACGAGUCGAUUUAACCGCUUGACGCGGUCCCGUGAAGCUGCCGUGCCAUUUUCGUUUUUUUUUCCUUUCCCUCUUAUUUUUUUUUUUGUUUUCUUCCUCUUGUAUUCCUUGCCAUUUUACGUACACGCGACAAACUGUAAUCCUUUCGUCGAUUGUGUUUCAUUUUCGUGUGUACCGUGCACCAAAGUGCCAUUUUUUUUUUUUUAUUAU